CCCAGGUUCCCCAUAUGAUAUUUAAAUGCUGGGGAACCCUACCACCCAGAGCCAGAGGUUGAAGAUUGUGUUACCCUUCGCCCCCUGCGUUCGUUGUUUGCCAUCUCGUUACUGCUGUGUUCACCAUUGUCUUCGUCAGUCAGCUUUCUUUUCACUCCAAUGACAAAGAAGAGUUCUAAGAAGACCCCAAGUCAGUUGCAAGAGAAUAUUGUUGUGGAAGAGGAAAAACCUUCAGCUGUACCAAAGAAAGCAAGUAAUGAAAUUGAUGAAAUAUUUGCUGGAAAAAAGAGGAAGAAAGCUGACGAGGCGGAUAAGAGAACUGAUAAAGUAAAGAAGACUAAGAAAAGUAAGAAGAAAACCGUCAGGCCAGAUGAUGAUGAUGAUAAGUUUGUAGACCGGCCUUCUCGGCCAAGAAAGAAAACAGAGGAUGGACUUUCCUUAUAUUCUGAGGAGGAGUUAGGUCUUAAUAAACAGGAUGCUGGUGGUACCCCUCUCUGUCCAUUCGAUUGCUCUUGUUGCUUUUGAUGGAUAGUUGUAUAAUGUCUUGUACUCUAAUUUCCUUGCUCUAGUGAGCAAUGGUUUUUGUUGUUGUCACUUGAAGUUUUGGAUUUGUAAGCUUGGGGCAUUGCUUUUCCUUUAUUUAUAGUUAGGCCACAUCUGUCUUAAGUUAUA